UCCGGCCCAACACGUUCCUUUGUGGAUGACAUUCUAAUAUUUUUAAAGAAUUAGAUUUUCUAAAUACAAUUAGAUCUAUUAGCUAACAUGCAAAUAACUAUCACUACGUUAUCAGACCAAUUAUUUACUAUAGAAGUAAGUGAAGAUCUAGAAUUAGAAAAUUUCAAAGCACUAUGUCAAGUUGAGACCGGUGUACCAGCCCAAGAAAUGUCGAUUGUAUGGAAUGGCCGACCUCUUCACGACGACAAAAUGACUCUUCAGCAGUACGGCAUUCAGAAUGGAGAAAUAGUUUUAAUUCAACAUUUACGAGGUCAACGACAAGCACAAGCUCCAGGUAUUCCCAACAUAGACUUUGGUAGCAUUCGUUUACCUGGCUCUACGCAAAAUUCAAACCAACUUAGAAGAGAGGAUGAUCCCAUUUAUAUAAAAGACAUGUUGCUCGCUAAUCCAAGUCAGUUGGCUUUGCUUAAAGAAAGAAAUCCUCCAUUGGCUGAAGCUUUGCUUAGUGGCGAUACAGCUAAAUUUACUAAAGUAUUUGAAGAACAAAGACAAAUUCGUGUGAAUGAGGAGGAAAAAAGACUUAGACUUUUGAGGGCAGAUCCAUUUGAUCCCAAUGCUCAACAGCAAAUUGAAGAAGCUAUCAGAAUUAAAAAUAUUGAGAGUAAUAUGGAGACCGCAAUGGAAUUUGCUCCCGAGAGUUUUGGUCAAGUUCACAUGUUAUACAUUGAUUGUAAAGUGAAUGGUUUUCCUGUCAAGGCAUUUGUUGAUUCGGGUGCUCAAAUGACAAUUAUGAGUCAGCAGUGUGCUGAGAGAUGUCAUAUCAUGAGGCUUGUGGAUAGAAGAUGGGAAGGUGUGGCUAAGGGUGUUGGCACUCAGAAAAUUCUUGGCAGAGUUCAUUUAUGUCAAAUUCAAAUUGGCAGUGUGUUUCUCCAAUCCUCAUUUUCUAUAUUAGAAAAUCAGCCCAUGGAUAUGCUGCUAGGACUUGAUAUGCUUAAAAGACACCAGUGUGUAAUUGAUCUCAGAAAAAACCAGCUUGAAAUAGGAACAACACAGACUGUAACACCUUUUCUGGGGGAGGCAGACUUACCUGAUCAUGCUCGCCUAAACCAGCCUGCCUCAGCUACUCAGGAAGAGGACCGGGACCUGGCGGAAGCACUUUCUCGAUCUGCCCAAGAAGCCAGUCCAUCAACAAGUAAACCUCCAGGCUCAGAAACUGCCCAGUCAUCAGCUCCUCAUCAGUUUUCUGAAGAAAUUGUUUCUCGGCUUAUGAAAAAUGGUUUUAGUAGAAAUGCUGUUUUGGAAGAAUUAAGGCGCUGUAAUGGCAAUGCAGACCAAGCGCUUGCUGUAUUAUUUUCUAAAUCGUUUAGUAUGCCUUGAUCAUUUGGUGCCAUCCAAUCAGCCAUUAUUUAUUUGCUGCAACUAUGUUGUAUACACUCACCUUUUAAUUGUACAUGAAGCUGAUUUUCUGUAAGAAAACAUUUGUGAUAGAUGUUAAUUUGCAAUGCUAAGUUCUUGUAUUAAUUGUAUGAAUUGAUGCUACCCUUUUUCAUGAACAAAUUGCUAAGAUCUCUCUUUAAUUUUAACAUGAGUUUUAAGAAUUUUUUAAUCUAUGUUGUAACUUUUUAGCUAUGUACACGGAUCUGCAUGUGUGUUGCUGUAGAGUUGAAUUAUCAUUGAGCUAACUGCAAAAAUAGGCAGGGGGAAUGGGACUUUUUUAUUUUCUUGCUUCUUUUUCAACAGAAGUAGCAGCACAUGGUAUUUUCUGGUAGCUAACUUAAAAGCUAACUGGAUCUCCAGUUGUAUGUAGGGAUGGACUAAAUGUGCAUUUGCUUAUUUUAUGAGUGCAACUUACUUAUUCAGUUUCUAGCUGUUAAAAAAAAAAAAUUUCUGUUGACCAUAUUGUUGAAAAGAAUGGUGAAUGAUUUAGAUGAGGUCAAUGCUGUCACAUAUCUGAGGGAAGUGCUUUAUAUGUGUGUGGUAUUAGUGGUAGUGAUGUUCUAGUUGAAUGAUUGGGAUGUGGUAGUGAUGUUCUAGUUGAAUGAUUGGGAUGUGGUAGUGAUGUUCUAGUUGAAUGAUUGGGAUGUGGUAGUGAUGUUCUAGUUGAAUGAUUGGGAUGUGACAGCUGUGUUAAUGUUGAUGGUUGAGAUGUGGUAGUGAUGUAAAGUUGAAUGGUUGAGAUGUGGUAGUGAUGUAAAGUUGAAUGGUUGAGAUGUGGUAGUGAUGUAAAGUUGAAUGGUUGAGAUGUGGUAGUGAUGUAAAGUUGAAUGGUAGAGAUGUGGUAGUGAUGUAAAGUUGAAUGGUUGAGAUGUGGUAGUGAUGUAAAGUUGAAUGGUUGAGAUGUGGUAGUGAUGUAAAGUUGAAUGGUAGAGAUGUGGUAGUGAUGUAAAGUUGAAUGGUAGAGAUGUAACGUUGAAUGGUAGAGAUGUGGUAGUGAUGUAAAGUUGAAUGGUUGAGAUGUGGUAGUGAUGUAAAGUUGAAUGGUUGAGAUGUGGUAGUGAUGUAAAGUUGAAUGGUUGAGAUGUGGUAGUGAUGUAAAGUUGAAUGGUUGAGAUGUGGUAGUGAUGUAAAGUUGAAUGGUAGAGAUGUGGUAGUGAUGUAAAGU